AUGCCUCCUGUCCAGGAAGUUCAUAAGCAUCACAUAUCUUAUGUGCCAGCCCUUGAAAGCGAGGACAACUUCGAUGAGUGGAAGAGAAACGUCAUACGGGCACUCACUGCCAGAGGGCUGCUUCACGUCCUCGAGGGAGUCCAACCUGACCAAGAGACCAGUCAAGAUGAGGAGGAAUAUGGCAGCUCCCCGGUGCCUGAAAUCUCUGUUGACAUUUGUACCGUGAGCUCUUUCGACGAAAACGAUUACUUUGAAGUUUCCCAGCCGCUAUCCUUCGGAGAAACUUCUGACACGGGAUGCCAUCGUUGCGCGAGUGAUUACGCCAACCAGCCACACGCAAAAAGCAGCGUUGAUGCCGCGAGCAACAUGAAGGCCAAGCAGGAGAAGCAGCGCAGCAUGGAGCGCAACGAGGCCCUCUUGCUCAUGUCGCAGUCUUUGGCGGGUAUGCACGAGUGGUUGGUCCUCCACGGCUUCGACGCGAGCGAGGAAGAGCCGGCGCGAUACUUCCAGGCCGUCCAAGACGUCUUUACGCGGCUCUCCACCUGGAACUUGGAGCGUACAAAGGCAGAUCUGCAGAAUAUCAAGCCGGAUACCCGCAAGACGUUCCAGGCCUACCAGCAGCGUCUCAUGUUUCUGCGCAACCGCUAUCUCAGGGCCGAGGGUCGCAAGCCACGUGACGAACGCGAGCGCGAAGUCUUGUGGUGGGCCAUCGGCGGCAUUAAGAACUGGAACGGGACGUUGCAUGCAAGACUCGCCCGGGACAUGAUGGAGGCACCUGGCAGUGGUCAGAAGCUGACCUGGCCCCGCCUGAUGAUGCAGCUUGCCUACAUUCAUGAAUGUGAUCUUGCCUACAUUCAUAAAUGUGACAGGUACGAUUAUAUCCUCGAGCCUGCUGUCAUUGAUAGCUAG